AUGUAUUCCAGUGCCAGCGCAAGCUUGGCGAUCAUCGUCGUGGCCUUCUCCUGCGAGUCUCUCCCCGCGCAGGCGAGCGGCCCGGCUGCGAGGAAGAGCUCGCUCAGGGGCGAGCUCAGCGCCGUCUCGUUCGAGCACGAGGUGCGCGAGGCCACCGCCGAGGUGCUCGGGUGUGGGGGGCGGAUCGACGAGGCGCGCCUCGCCCGCGUGGAGGAGGCGCUGCUGCCGAUCUGGCGCGCGAGCCCGAAGAACGAGGGCGGCCGCGUCCAGCACCGCACGCUCCGCUACAUGGCCCACAGGUACUUCACGAGGAGGUUCUCCAUGUGGGUCCGAGGCCUGGAACACUCAGGCUCUGCGAUCUCGGAGUGGCGGGCCGCCGACGUGCUGAGCCAGCAGGUGCCGAGGUACGUGGAGUCCGUCCUCGCGUCGCGGCAUGCUGCCGAGCAUGGCUUCGACCUCCGCGACGCAGCACUCAUGGUGGCUGCGCUGGAGCGCAUGGUCUUCGACGCAGAGAGCCAGCUGCUGGAGGACGUGUACAGGAGACACAUGAGGCCCACCGACAGGGGCAUUCACCGCUCGGCGUUGGUCGCCAUUGUUCAGGAGUACCUGCUGAGAUGGAUCUUGGCCGAGAACGUAGGCGAUGGGCCUGGGCCGAUCAUGAACCGCGAGGCAACGGCCCGGGCGUUCCCGAACUGGCGAGGGGUCGCCGACAUGGCCGACGGGGAGAUCCGGGCGCUGGACUUCCGGAAGAGGCGCCUGGCCAAGCUCUACACGUUCGAAGAUGCCCACGAGAUUGUCGGCGGCAUCGUCCACCGCUUCGGGUCGUUCUGGGAGUCGGAGUGCACGUCCAUGAAAGACCAGCUCGUCGCCAUGGACGUCCACAAGACCGGCCGAGUGCCCCUCGCGAAGUUCUACGGCACCGGGCUGGACGCGGACUGGCGCUUCGCGGAGUCCGAGGCGUACCUGCGCGACCUGGGCGCGCUGGACGAGACCUCGGCGUGGCGCGGCAAGCAGGUCAUCAUCGCCAACUACAUCCAGUCCCUGCUGGGGGAGGUCGAGGCCGGCGUCGGUCGGCCGGUCGGCACCCCGGACGAGAUCUUGCGGCUGGUCGGGAACAUGACCUCGCAGCACGCCCUGGACGGAGACGCGGACGAGGGGGCGCCCCAGGUGUCCGCCUCCCUCAGGAGGCAGCUGGAGGAGAUCGCCUCCGCGCACGGGGGCCAGGUGCCCCUCCACGGGCGCCUCUUCGCGCAGUGGCUGCAUUACGCGUUCCCCCGCGAGUGCCCGUUCCCCCACAGGGCGGGCGCGGCGUCGGCGCGCACCCCGACGGAGUUCGGCCAGGGCUACAUCGCGACGCCGGAGGACAUGCGGGAGCACGCCAACCUGGCAGACGCACCGCAGGAGCCAGUGGACAAGGAGGAGCUGCAGUGGAUGUCCCAGUGGAGCUCCGAGGAGGAGCUCACCGCGGACUACAGGGUGCACCUGCGCGCCCCCUGGGAGCGCAACGUCGGGUCCGCCGCCGUGCUGGCGGCGGCGGCGCUGGCCCUGGCGGCGUUGGGCCGCGCCGGUGGCCUCGGCGGGUCUCCGAAGGUGGGCUCGGUGCUGCCGAGCUACCAGAAGUCUCACCUCAUCUGA